ACUCAGUCAGCGACGGGUUUCCGUUGUGAGUUUAAGCGGUUUAUUGUUGUGAGGGGCGGCGUUGACGGGCCGCGCCGGGCAGGGCAGGUGGGCCGGAGCCGAGCCGAGGCGGACAGCGGGCCUCCCCAUCCCAAGAUGAGCAUGCACGGCAAGAGGAAGGAGAUCUACAAGUACGAGGCGCCAUGGACGGUGUACGCCAUGAACUGGAGCGUGCGGCCCGACAAGCGCUUCCGCCUGGCGCUCGGCUCCUUCGUGGAGGAGUACAACAACAAGGUGCAGAUCGUGGGGCUGGACGAGGAGAGCUCCGAGUUCAUCUCCCGCAACACCUUCGACCACCCCUACCCCACCACCAAGAUCAUGUGGAUCCCCGACACCAAGGGCGUCUACCCCGACCUGCUCGCCACCUCCGGCGACUACCUGCGCAUCUGGAGGGUGAGCGAUACUGAAACCCGGCUGGAAUGCUUACUAAACAAUAACAAGAACUCUGACUUCUGUGCUCCUCUGACUUCAUUUGACUGGAACGAAGUGGAUCCAAAUCUCUUGGGUACUUCCAGCAUUGACACCACUUGUACAAUCUGGGGUCUGGAGACUGGUCAGGUGCUUGGCCGAGUUAAUCUAGUCUCUGGUCAUGUGAAAACGCAGCUCAUUGCUCAUGAUAAGGAGGUGUACGAUAUUGCAUUCAGCAGAGCAGGAGGUGGCAGGGACAUGUUUGCCUCUGUGGGUGCAGAUGGUUCAGUGCGUAUGUUUGACCUUAGACACCUGGAACACAGCACCAUCAUCUAUGAAGAUCCGCAGCACCAUCCAUUGCUUCGACUGUGUUGGAACAAGCAAGAUCCCAAUUAUUUGGCCACAAUGGCAAUGGACGGCAUGGAGGUGGUGAUUCUUGAUGUCCGUGUGCCCUGCACUCCUGUGGCCCGGCUAAACAAUCACCGGGCAUGUGUGAAUGGCAUUGCCUGGGCUCCACAUUCAUCCUGUCACAUCUGCACUGCAGCUGAUGACCACCAGGCACUUAUUUGGGACAUCCAGCAGAUGCCACGUGCCAUUGAAGACCCCAUCUUGGCAUACACAGCGGAAGGAGAAAUCAACAAUGUCCAGUGGGCAUCUACCCAGCCUGACUGGAUAGCCAUUUGCUACAAUAACUGUCUUGAGAUCUUGCGGGUUUAGUUCUGAUGACUGACACAAGCCGGGAGAGGGGGGGGGGGGGGGGGGGGGGGGGGCUGUUGGUGUGUGAAUGGUAUGAAUGAGUUAAAGUUGAGAAUGAUUGUGCAGAUUCUCAGUGUUGUUAUUAUUAUAUUCUGAGUGCAAUUUGGCCUUUCUAGGUCAAAAUUAGCCAUUUGGAUCCCUGAUCUUUCUCCACCUUUAAAGCAAAUGCCUAAACCUGUUGGGAAAGGGACACUUUUGUUUAAUCAGCUAACCUUCUGGUAAUGUACAUGUACCAUGAUAAAAAACUUU